AUGGAAGCCACCACCGCAGCAGUCGAGGCCUCCACAGCCCCACUCGAUCCCCCAGCACCUCCUACCAACGGUACAUCCGUCACCGAAGACGAAGCGGCCCUCUACGAUCGUCAGAUUCGUCUCUGGGGUCUUGCAGCACAAACCCGCUUGCGGUCCGCACACAUCCUCAUUCUCGGCUGGAACGGUAUCGCCACCGAAAUCAUUAAGAACACAGUCCUCUCCGGUAUCGGCAGCGUCACCGUUGUGGAUCCAACGCCGAUCGAUGGGUCGGUGGAUCUCCUCUCAGGGUUCUUUUUCAGAGAUGAAGAGGUCGGGUUGAAGAAGUGCAGUCAGGGACCGUUGGAUCGGAUCAGAGGAUUGAAUCCGCUGGUCAAAGUUACGGGGUUGAGCGAUGAGGAGAGCUACAACAAGGUUGUGGGAGGAGGAGAGGAAGCUGUCAAGUGGUUGAAGGAUCGUGGGAUCGACGUUGUCGUUGUUGGUACACCACUCACCGAUUCAGCAUCGCAGUCAACUCUAGUCAGGCUGAACGAGACGACUCGAUCGGCGAACAUCAAGUUCUUCUUCUCCGCAACCCUUGGAUUCGGUGCCUUGUACUUUGCCGACCAAAUCUCCCACGACUACCUCCUCGAACGAGCCGCACCCACAACCUCUACCGAAUCCACCGAAACCCAUCGAAUCAAGAAACGUCAAGCCUUCAUCCCCCUCUCCACAUCACUAUCCACAAAAUGGUCUCUGACAGAACGACAACAACGUCGUCUCAAAGUACCACUCGACUGGUUCAUCUGGUGUUCCCUCACCGACCUUCAACAGCGUCUCGGUAGCGAUUCUUCCACCACAUCGAUCAGCGCUGAAGCGCUGAAAGAUCGAACCAUCGCACUGAUCGCAGAGAAGGGAUUGAAUCCAGACGUGUUGCUUGCGCAGUACGAUGCCGAAGUUUUCCAGCGCGUCGUGGGAGCGGGUGGGAUGGGUGUUGCGCUAGCUCCAGUAGCAGCGGUCGUGGGGGGAGUGCUGAGUCAGGAUAUCCUCAACAGCGUCGGUGGCAGAGAGGAACCCGUUGUCAAUUGGUUGUUCCUGACUCUGGAUGGCAGCGGUAGCACGGUGGUUAGCAGGAUCGGGGAGUUGGAACCGGCGCUAGUCGUGGACUAA